AUGGCAGCCCAAACGGACUCGCUGCGCAAGUUCGCGAUCCUCGCAUCAAAAGCCAAGAUGCACGCCAAGGCCGAAGAGCUCUGGCAGCGCCUCGUCGACGCUAAUAACGAGGACGGCGCGGCGCGCUACAACCUCGCGAACGCCCAAUCAGCUCUGGGAAAACUGGACGCUGCCUUAACGCACUACGACGCGGCCAUACGGGAGACGGACGACGCCGCACUGGCCAAGGCCUGCCGCGCGAACGCCUCUUGUGCUUGUAUUAAGGCCCAAGAGCCCGAUAGAGCGUUACAAUACUGCCAGGAGAUGGACUCGCCUACCGCAUUAUAUAACCUGAAUACGGCUCUAAGGCAGCUGGGCCGGCAGGACGAGGCCAUCCGGAUAACGUGGGCCAAGAUUUUGGGUGACGCGCCGCCGAAAUUGCGAGACUAUAUCCAGUCAAGGGGCCGCGACCGAUCCAUAACGGUCGUCUGCGUCAAGUGGGGCGCGAAGUACGAUGCGACGUAUGUCAACAAGCUCGCGAGAAGUUGUAGGAGGCACCUGCAAGGGAUGGGGCGCCUCGUGUGCUUCACCGACGACGAUGCAGGUUUAGAUGAUAUUGUCGAGGCUCGAUCAUUACCAACAACAACGAUGAAGGCCUGGUGGCUCAAGGCCUACCUCUUUUCAGACACAGCAAAUUUGACGGGCCCGGUCCUCUACUUAGAUCUGGACACGGUCGUCUGCGGCGAUCUGAGUAAAAUAGCCGCGCUCGCCUCGGGAUCACGCUUCGCGACGCUCGGGACGGCGGCCAUGAGGAACGAGAACAGGUCAGGCGGCUACAACUCGAGUGUGAUGGCGUGGACGGCGCCGCUCUACUCGGAGAUCUGGGCGUUAUUAAACGAGCCGGGCGCCUACGAGGUCAUCACAAAUUGUGUCUACAAGUUCGACCACUGGCUCGAGAUGGUUAUUGAAGAUGCGCGGCUCGUCGACGGCGGCGUCGCGGAGUACGCGUCGUUAACCGGUCCGCCGUCUCCCCAAAUAUCGGUCGUCUGCUUCCCGCUGACGCCGAAGCCCCACGAGGUUUCGGAUGACUGGGUUCUAGAAAACUGGGUCUAAUAUUUUGUCAAGUUAGAACUCGCGGCCGUGCCACCGCCGGUGGUGGUGGUGGCGCGACGGCCCGCGCCUGCACAAUCAAUACACUCUAUCGCGAUCAAAGGCCGGGACGCCGCUUCUUCGACGCUUUCUUUGCUUGCUUUUUUGCGCGAUUUUUGUGUUGUUUUUUCAUUCGUAAUUCAUGUAAAGUUUUCGACUGGGUCCCGCCCUUCUUGAGCGCGUUCUUGCGGGACUGGGCCUUGCGGCUCAGUUGCUCCUGGCGUCUUUGGUGAUACUCCUCGUGGCUCCGGACCUCGCGGCUCUUCUGCAUUUGGGCGCUGCUGAAGGCGGUCAAGAGCGCGACGAGCGCUGCGAGGCGGCGCAUCAUGUUUGUGGCGCUCGUCCCACGCGUGCGCGCCGCUCCGACUCGCGUGCCGUCGGCGUCAGCCGGGCUGCCCACCACCACCCUGUGGGUCCACGGCUCGCGGCUGCGCGCCCGUCCAGUUACGUGGGUCUGCGAGAGUGCUCUAGCCUGACCCCCUCCUUGGGCUGCCCCUUGGGCUGCCUCUUGCGAGCAAUUACGUUCCGUUUUUCUCGGUUAUUUUUUGGUGCUAGCGGGCUGUAAGGCACUAGAAACAGCGCGAGUUUUGCCCGUCGUCCAAGCUAGCUAUACAUCGAGCGGCGUUACGCUGGGACGUGAUAAUCGCAGCCUUACGACCCAUAUCGCUGUCCCUCAAAAUCUUCGGGCGUGGUUCGGCGCUCACCUAAUCUCCCACACCGCUGCUCUACAGUCGUACAGCCUUGGGCAUCGAUGGCGUCCCCGCAGAUGUGCCUUGCCGUGUCCAGAUAACAUAAGCACCACGGUUGGGGCGGCCGCCGCGAAACGCCGUCGAGGCGCCGCCGCGCGCGGGUCCGCGACCGCCGCGUCACGCAGGUACGUCCGCGUCAAGCGGAAAAACACGACGGUCUUUCUUAAUGUAGAGAAGAGCGACUCCUUCGGCGGCAUCAAGGCCAAAUUAGCGGAGAUUUUAGGCGCCGACGCCGAGAAGAUACACCUCUUUACCAGUAGAGACGAAUCGACAGAAACGGUCGACACGGCCUUCGUCGACAACUUCUGCGAGUCCGACGUCGUCGUCUACAUGAAAAUGGACGGGGACAAGGGCAUCGAGGUCGACGAGCCCCCGAAGCCUAGCGCAUAA